AUGCCCGUCUCGCUCUUGCCCUCCCCGGUGCGGCAACCAAGGGUCGACAAGGCCGCCAUUCCGGCGGCAAGCCACCAUACGCCCCCUCCUCUCAAUGGGUAUGAGUUUAUCGAGCACCGCCGCAGUGCCCUUUCACACGACACGUUCGUUGCCCGCGAUGUACGCCAGCAGCAGCAUCCGCCACAGCCGGAUAACGAUAAAGCGAAGGUUAUCAUUCGUGUCUAUGCGCUGGAGUACCUGCGCCGCGAUGAGGAGUGCCGAUUCGCGCUUGAGCGUGAGUGCCUGACGGCGCGUCUGGUGGUGCAUCCGCAUCUGCUGCCACUUGCUGCCCACUUUGCCUCCAAGACGGAUUUGUUUGUUGUCGAGAAGUUCUGCGCCGGCGGAGACCUCUACGAGCUGAUGAUGUCGCUGGCCAACGGGGGUCUCAACGCCUCAGACUCUGGUGCGGCGGAAGCCGAAGCGCCGCCCCGUAGUGGCAGCGGCCUUCCCAGCAAUACUGUUAAACGAUUCACGCGAGAGUUGCUCUCCGCCGUGCAGUACCUACACCGCACCUGUGGACUCGUGCACCGCAACAUCAAGCUCGAAACCCUCUUCAUCGACGAAGAGCAACAUCUUCGACUUGGCAGCUUUGGACUGUGUGCGGUGCUGCCGCCACCGAGCGUGGCGACGGGAAACGGAAAAGGAGCGUUAGAUGCACUGGACGGCACGGCAACUUCUUCGCCUGCGCCGCUGCAGCUGUGCUGUGGGUCGAAGCAUUACGCGGCACCCGAGCUGGUGCAGGGCCACCCCUAUCAGGGCGAGGCCGUCGACGCCUGGGCCUGUGGCGUCGUGCUCUUUUCGCUUCUCACCGGCUGUUUUCCCUUCGACAGCGACGAUGGCGACGAGGCCCUCUUCCGACUUCUGUGCGGCGACGUGGAGACCCACCUGGCACAGCACCCGGCCAUGGAGGCUAUUGAAGACCCUCAGGCGUGCGACCUAGUGCGCAACUUGCUGCGACCCAACCCAAGGGCCCGCUACACUGUCUCUGAAGCGCUUGAACACCCGUACCUGGAGGAAGCUUGA